UCCAAUAUGAAUAAAUAAAUAAAUGGUCCAUGAGAACUGAAGAAGAACUGUUAUACUAUCUAAUGACUACAACAACAAUCUUCUGCGCAGAGUUUUUCCCUCAAGCUCUUAUCUUUACCCAAAACAAGAAACUCUCCAUCACUAAAUCCCAUCAUCAAAACCCUCAUGUUUUCAGAUGCAGCAGCAGCAGCUACAGUGAAUCCAAGAACACCAGUAAUAAUUACAGAAUCCCACAGAGGGGUAAUAAGGUAAUUUCCACCGACAACAACAACAACCGGCCGCCGAACCCCCAUCUCCCCUUCUACAAAGAUUUCAAAGAAACCCAUUUCACUAAACUCCUCCACAGAUCCUGCAAAGCAGGCAACUACGAUGAGGGUCUUUACCUACUCGAAUGCAUGAUGAAUUCAGGACACAAGGCUGACGUCAUCCUCUGCACUAAGCUGAUAAAGGGCUUCUUCAACUCGAAAAGCGUCGAUAAAGCCGUUAAGGUGAUGGACAUUCUCGAGAGAUACGGCGAGCCGGAUAUUUUCGCGUACAAUGCGUACAUCAGCGGCUUGUGCAAAGUGAACCGGAUCGAUUCCGCUAACGGGGUGUUGAGUCGUAUGCGGGCUCGAGGGUUUUCGCCCGAUAUCGUGACGUACAACAUCUUGAUCGGCAGCCUCUGCAAUCGAGGGAAGCUCGAUAUGGCGCUCGAGAUGCUCGACCAGUUGAUGGAUGACAGGUGUCUCCCCACCGUGAUCACUUACACGAUACUUAUAGAGGCCACGAUUCUCGAGGGUGGGAUCGGGGAAGCCAUGAAGCUCUUCGACGAGAUACUGUCGAGGGGGCUGAAACCGGAUAUGUACACGUACAACACCGUGAUUAGGGGGAUGUGCAGAGAAGGGUUGAUGGACGAGGCGUUCGAUUUCGUUAGGAGCUUAACGAGUAGGAACUGCAAGCCCGAUGUGAUAUCGUAUAAUAUCUUGUUGAGGGCGUUGCUGAAUCAGGGGAAAUGGGAUGACGGGGCGGAGUUGAUUAACGAAAUGUUUUCGAAUAGGUGUGAGUUUAAUGUGGUUACGUAUAGUAUUAUGAUAAGUGCGUUGUGUCGAGAGGGGCAAUUAGACGAAGCAAUUAACUUGUUGAAGAUCAUGAUUGACGAAGGACUGACGCCCGAUACCUACACGUUCGAUCCGUUGAUAUCUGCGUUGUGCAGAGAAGGGAGAUUGGAUUUGGCGAUAGCGUUUCUUGAUUACAUGAUUUCGAGCGGUUGUUUUCCGGAUAUUGUGAACUACAACACUAUCUUAUCGGCAUUGUGCAAAAACGGGAAAUCCGAAGAGGCUAUGGAGGUUUUUAGUAAGCUUGACGAGAGUGGGUGCCCGCCCGAUGUGAGCACCUACAACACAAUGGUGAGUGCUUUGUGGAACAACGGAGAUAGAAUUCGAGCGUAUAGACUUCUAUCGGAUAUGUUUACGAAGGGAAUAAGUCCCGACGGGAUUACGUACAAUUCGCUUAUAUCGUGUCUUUGUAGAGAAGGGAUGGUGGACGGUGCUAUCGAGUUGUUGGGAGAUAUGAGAAAGAUUGGAUUUUUACCGACGGUUGUUACUUACAAUAUAGUACUUCUUGGAUUGUGUAAAGCACAUAGAAUCGGUGAUGCUGUUUUGAUGCUAGAGGAAAUGGUGGAGAAGGGUUGUCAGCCGAACGAGACUUCGUACGUUUUGUUGGUCGAAGGUAUUGGAUUUGCGGGGUGGAGAGUUGAGGCGAUGGAGCUUGCAAAUACUCUCUGCGAGAAAGGUGUUAUUUCGAAUCAAUCUUUGAGGCGGUUGGAUCGAACUUUUCCCAUUGUGGAUGUUUACGGAAGCUUUGUACAAACCGAGAUUAAAAGCUAGUACUUUUUUUUAUGAUAUCAUGUGAAUUUUAUUAGUUCUCUCUUGCUUUCACAGUUGUGAAAAGAAAAACAACUUUACAAAUACGAGGGCUGGAAUUUUAUCAAAAUAUCGAGAAUAUAUAGAGAUUUUUCGAUAACA